AUGUAGAUAAGAUAAGUUUUUAGUAGUAAAAUAAAAAAUGAUUUUCAAGAAAUAGAAAAAGAAUUAGAUGUAUUUAUUUGUUAUUGUUAUAAUUUUAGUCUUUUUUUGAUAAGAUUAAUAAUUUUAUAGAUUAAUUAUUCAUUCUAGAGUUUCCAAUUUCCUAGUUUAACAAAACAAAAUUAGAAAUUUUCAUUACCAAGAGUUGAAUAAUUAGAUUUAAUAGAUUAAUUUAAGUUUUCAUCAGAAAUUGUUUAAGAUUGACACCAUUAAUAAAUUCUGUAAUUGUAAAUCAAGUUAAAUAAUAAUCGAAUUAAGAACAUUUAUAAUAAUUAUUAGAAUCAUAAUUAAAGUAAACAGAAUAAUUAAGAAUUAAAUCUUUAUCUUAAUUCAAUAUUAAACCAUUUAAUUAUUAAAUUAUUAAACAAAGUUAUUUAAUAAGAGAAGCGGUGUUGGGCAGUUGCUUUUAAUAAAGAUUGCUCAAUUACAGCAGCAACAUGUGAGAAAUUAAUAAAAUUAUAUGAAUUCAGGAAAGGAAUGAUGAAAUAAAUUCAAGUUUUAAAUGAACACAAAUCUUUUGUGACCACUUUAAAUUUUAUGAACAAAUAUAAUUAGUUUAUAUACUAUGGAGGGUUUAUUUUUAUUUGGUCGAUCAAUAGUAACAAUUAAUGGAUUUUUUCAUAAGCACUUAAAGAACACAGCAUAUAGAUAAAUUGCUUAAUUAUGAAUUAUAAUGAAGAUCUUAUCAUAUCCAGUAGUAGCGAUUUACUAUUAAGUUUUGGAUUAAGCAAAAUGAAUGGAUCUUUUAAUAAACAAUCACAGAUCAUAAAAAUGUAUUUUAUAAAUAAGCUUAAAUGAAGAAUGCAAUAAAGUUAUUUCAUGUGGAUGGGAUUAAUUUCUAUUAAUUAUAGAAUAUUAAAAAUGUUGUAAAAAGUGGAUCGUUAUAUAAAAUAUUAAAAUUGAUUGUUAAGGAUAUCGAAUAUGCUUUAUCAAUAAUAAUCUUUUCGCAUUUCAACCUAAUUAGGGCAAUUUAAUGCAUAUUUAUGAUAUAAAUAGUUUAAGUAAAAAAUUAAAUAAAACUAAACUUAUUCCUAUAAAUUAAGGCGAUGAUGAUUAUGGAUAAUUCCCAUUAUAAAUAUAAAAUCAAAAAGCUACUUUUGAGCAAGCACUAUAAUAAUAUCAACUUAAUAAGAAAGACAGAAAAUGA